UCCUAGCGGGAGAACUGAGCUGACUUCUACCAGGGUUCCCUAGGAGCUUGCACUGAGGAUCCAGAUCCAAAACCCACCCUCUGGCCGCUGCCCUCGGAAAGGGGGCGGGUGGGGGCGCGAACCUUAUCUCGGGCUCCGCCUCCAGGGGCCGGGAGUGUCCCUCGCGCGCUGCACCGGCCGCUGCGGGCAGACAGGCUCCGGGCUCCGGGAGGGCUGCUGAUCCGCUCUAGCCCAGGUCGUGUCCGGGCCGCGACCAUUCACUCCCGGGACACCACGGGCCCACGCGGAGCGCGCAGCGGCUGCGACGGCACCCCUGACCAGGGACGCGCGCCAGGAAUCCUAAAACCAAAACAUUGGAACAAAAACAGAAACAUGGCUCACCAUAUUACAUUUCUUUGGAUAAUUUUGGUCCUGCUUCUUCAGAAUUCUGUAUUAGCUGAAGAUGGGGAAAUAAGAUCAAGUUGUCGUACUGCUCCAACAGAUUUAGUUUUCAUCUUGGAUGGCUCUUACAGUGUGGGCCCAGAAAACUUUGAAAUAGUGAAAAAGUGGCUUGUCAAUAUCACAAAAAACUUUGACAUAGGACCAAAGUUUAUUCAGGUUGGAGUGGUUCAGUAUAGUGACUACCCCAUCCUGGAGAUUCCCCUUGGGAGCCAUGAAUCAGGAGAGAAUUUGAUGGCAGCCGUGGAGUCCAUACACUACUUGGGAGGAAACACAAAGACUGGAAAGGCCAUCCAGUUUGCCCUUGAUUACCUUUUUGCCAAGUCUUCACGAUUGCUGACUAAGAUAGCAGUAGUCCUUACAGAUGGUAAAUCCCAAGAUGAAGUCAAGGAUGUGGCAGAAGCAGCAAGAGACAGUAAAAUAACAUUAUUUGCCAUCGGUGUUGGUUCAGAAACAGAAGAGGCAGAACUUAGAGCUAUUGCCAACAAGCCUUCAUCUACUUAUGUGUUUUAUGUGGAAGACUAUAUUGCAAUAUCCAAAAUAAGGGAGGUGAUGAAGCAGAAACUUUGUGAAGAAUCUGUCUGUCCAACACGAAUUCCAGUGGCAGCUCGUGAUGAGAAGGGGUUUGAUAUUCUUUUAGGCUUGGGUGUAAAGAAAAAGGCUAAGAAAAGAAUUCAGCUUUCACCAACAAAGAUAAAAGGAUAUGAAGUGACAUCAAAAGUUGAUUUAUCAGAACUCACAAGCAACGUUUUCCCAGAAGGUCUUCCUCCAUCAUAUGUAUUUGUCUCCACUCAGAGAUUUAAAGUCAAGAAAGUGUGGGAUUUAUGGAGAAUUUUAACCAUUGAUGGAAGGCCACAAAUAGCAGUUACCUUAAAUGGAGUGGAUAAAACUUUAUUAUUUACAACAACCAGCAUCAUUAAUGGCUCACAACUGGUCAACUUUGCUGACCCUCGAGUUAAGACAUUAUUUGAUGAAGGCUGGCAUCAAAUUCGUCUCUUAGUAACCGAACAAGAUGUAACUCUGUAUAUUGAUGAUCAACAAAUUGAAAGCAAGCCCUUACAUCCAGUUUUAGGGAUGUUCAUCAGUGGGCAAACCCAAAUUGGAAAAUACUCUGGGAAAGAAGAAACAGUUCAGUUUGAUGUCCAGAAGUUACGAAUCUACUGUGACCCAGAGCAGAACAAUCGGGAGACAGCAUGUGAGAUUCCUGGAUUUAACGGUGAGUGCCUCAAUGGUCCCAGUGAUGUAGGUUCAACGGCAGCUCCCUGUAUUUGUCCUCCAGGAAAACCAGGACUACAAGGCCCCAAAGGUGACCCUGGACAGCCUGGGAACCCUGGAUACCCUGGACAACCUGGUCAAGAUGGUAAGCCUGGAUAUCAGGGAAUGGCAGGAUCACCAGGUGUUCCAGGAUCCCCAGGAGUACAAGGAGCACGAGGACUGCCAGGUUAUAAAGGAGAAUUGGGGAGAGAUGGAGAAAAGGGUGACCGUGGACUUCCUGGUUUUCCUGGGCUUCAUGGAAUGCCAGGAUCAAAGGGUGAAAUGGGUCCCAAAGGAGAUAAAGGAUCACCUGGAUUUUAUGGCAAAAAGGGUGCAAAAGGUGAAAAGGGGAAUGCUGGUUUUCCUGGCCUUCCUGGACGUGCUGGAGAACCAGGAAGACAUGGAAAGGAUGGAUUAAUGGGUAGCCCUGGUUACAAGGGAGAAGCAGGACCUCCAGGUGCUCCAGGGCAGGAUGGAUCACGGGGUGAGCCUGGAAUCCCAGGAUUUCCUGGAAACCAAGGAUUAAUGGGACAAAAAGGAGAAAUUGGGCCUCCAGGACCACUAGGAAAAAAAGGAGCUCCGGGGAUACCUGGUUUGAUGGGAAGCGACGGCUCACCAGGUCAGCCUGGAGCCCCAGGAUCUAAGGGAAAUAAAGGAGAACCUGGACUUCAAGGGCUGCCUGGGGCUUCUGGGCUCAAGGGAGAACCCGGAGCAGUGGGUCCGCCAGGAGAACCAGGAUACCUGGGUUUACCUGGAAUUCAAGGGAAAAAGGGGGACAAAGGGAAUCAAGGCGAAAAGGGCAUUCAGGGUCAAAAGGGAGAGAAUGGAAGACCAGGGAUUCCAGGGCCACAGGGAAUUCAAGGCCAUCAUGGUACAAAAGGAGAGAGAGGUGAAAAGGGAGAGCCUGGUGCCAGAGGUGCCACUGGACCCAAAGGAGAGUCUGGAGUGGAUGGUCUGAUGGGGCCUACGGGUCCCCAGGGGCAACCCGGGGAAGCAGGUCCUCAGGGACCCCCAGGACUGGAUGGGAAGCCCGGGAGAGAAUUUUCAGAACAGUUUAUUCGACAAGUUUGCACUGAUGUAUUAAGAGCCCAGCUACCUGUCUUACUUCAAAGUGGAAGAAUUCAGAGUUGUGAUCACUGCCAGUCCCAGCACGGCUCCCCUGGUAUCCCUGGGCCACCUGGUCCCAUGGGCCCAGAAGGUCCCCGAGGAUUCCCUGGUUUGCCAGGAAGAGAUGGUGUUCCUGGAUUAAUGGGAGCUCCGGGACGCCCAGGUGCCAAAGGAUUAAAAGGCCUACCAGGACGAAAUGGGGCAAAGGGGAGCCAAGGGUUUGGGUACCCUGGAGCACAAGGUCCUCCUGGUCCCCCAGGUCCAGAGGGUCCCCCUGGAAUAAGCAAAGAAGGUCCUCCAGGAGACCCAGGUCUCCCCGGCAAAGACGGAGACCACGGAAAACCUGGAAUCCAAGGGCAGCCAGGACCCCCGGGCAUCUGUGAUCCAUCACUGUGUUUUAGUGUCAUUGUCAGAAGAGAUCCCUUUAGAAAAGGACCAAACUAUUAGUGUCUGAUGCCUCAUUCAGCAGCCUAGGCAUGGUGCUCUUCUUUUGUGGUCUUUGCAUCUCAGGAAGAUAACAACAAUAAUCCCUUGAAAAGAAACUCAUGUACCUCGGUGUUUUUAUUAUUGUUUUUUUCCUUAAGGAAAAAUAUAGAAAAGGUCACAUAUACUGAUUUUAAAGGCUCCUCAGUUCUUCAGAGCCUUUAGAUUAGUAGCAUUAACUAAAUCUCAAGGGUUUCUUGUAAGUCCAUUCAUUUUAAUCAAAGUCAAAUAUAAAAAACCACCAUUGCCUGUCAGCCAGUCAAUUUCAGUCACUGUGAAAAAUUUCACAUUCAGCCUCCAUGCAGCAGAGUAUUUGAGUUCAACUUCCUGUCUGUGUGAAUUUCAUGUUUCAUAGCUCAUAGCUCACACUUCUACAUCAGUCCACACGUGCAUCUGGACAUGGGAGAUGAGAUCAGGGCUGAUACACAGUUUGGGAACAGACCGUAUUGCCAUAUCAGCACUUACUCCAGUAUCUGUGCUUACCAGAUAGGGGUGAUGGACUGUUGGUUGUUCAGUGUUUUGAAUAUCACCUCUGAACAUUCUGGAAAAAAAGUUUCACUGGACCUGGUCGAUAUGUUCAAAGGAAUUGUAAGUUCAGAAAUACCAAAAAGACUUUCUUCUUCAUACUUGCUUAGUAAUUGGAAUGUUUGUUGCAUGCCUUCAUUUUCCAUUUCAGUUAUUACAUGUGUACAUUCAUAUAUGUUAACUUUUAUUGUAGCAAAGCUAGUGGGAAUCAAUGCUCUAGUUGACAGGAAAGGUAACUCCACAAAUCCUAGGAUGUCUUGAUAUUUUUAGCAGACUUUAAAAUAUUAUAAACAGUCUUUGUGUACUGUACUUAAUGCUUUUGUAAGGAACAUAAUUUGAGAUAUUCCAUCCUUUAUCGUGCUCUAAAUUUUGUUACUUUGCUUAUUAUUCAAAGUACAAUAAAGUUUUGUACAGGCCUGAA